AUGCCAUCCCGGCGCUCGGCACUGCAUUAGUCGCAUUAGUCAGUGGAGCUUGGCGAUUGCGAAAAGUCGGCAGGGUCUGAUGUGUUUCUGCUCUUUACGAAUGGGACAAUGGGGAGGAGGGGUCGAUAUGGCGGGGCCGUUACUUUGAUACUGAUUGAGGGUUUUGUUAUAUAUAUUCUAGUUGAUUCCCCGUGUUGUCUGUCCUUCCAGAUCAUCAUCAGUCUCAGCUCAUAUCACUUACACACCACUUAACACUCACACCUACAAACACCUACAAACUAUUCACAAUGGCCGCUAAACUCUCCGCCAACGCCCUCAUCGAGCUGGCCAAGAACCGCCGCUCCAUCUACACUCUCUCCAAGAACCUCCCCAUUUCCACCCAGCGCAUCACCGAGAUCGUCAACCAAACCACUCUCGAGACCCCCUCAUCCUUCAACUCCCAGUCCAACCGUGUCGUCGUCCUCUACGGCGCUGAGCACGACAAGCUCUGGGACAUCACUGCCGAUACCCUCAAGGCCAUCGUCCCCGCCGAGACAUGGGAGGGCACCUCUAAGCGCAUCUCAGGCUUUAAGGCCGCCGCCGGAACUGUCCUCUUCUAUGUCGACAACGCCGCUGUCGAGGCCAUGCAGACCAAGUUCGCCAUCUACGCUGACCGCUUCCCUCCCUGGGCCGUUCAGUCCGCUGGCAUCCAGCAGUACCUCCUCUGGACCGCUCUCGAGGCUGAGGGUCUCGGUGCCAACCUCCAGCACUACAACCCCCUGAUCGAUGAGAAGGUUGCUGAGACCUGGAAGAUUCCUUCUACCUGGACUCUCAACGCCCAGCUUGUCUUCGGUGCCAAGACCGCUGAGGCUGCCCCCAAGGACUAUGCUCCUCUCGAGGAGCGUGUCAAGGUCUUUGGCGCUUAAAAUAACUUUACAAAAGCAUAAGAAACGUCAACUAGAAUUGGCAUAGAAACCUGCAUUUUUAGCGAGUUGCAAUUGAAACAUGGAGCCUCGAGCUCUGGUUUUCCUUUAAUAGACAAAAUUAUCAAUCACAAUAUAAGCGUUUGCAUUGACGAUGCCCUUCUCCUUUGACCGACACUUGAACAUCCAUGUUGACUACCUACGCGUGCACCACCUGCCAACC